AGAUAGCCAUGGGUGCUAUUCGGCGUUCAAAGACGAAGCGCAGGACUCGGUAUGGAAGAGACGCCCCCCUUGCCAUUUCCCUCACGUUUUCUUCUCUCCCUUUCCCCCCAAGAAGCCGUUUGCGUUUGAGUACACUGUAGUACUGACCCUUGUCGGUUGUUGGUGACGACGAUGACAGUGAUAUGGACCAGGUUCAUUCCGACCUCCGCGAUCCGAAACGGCUUGCUCAACUUAAGGCUUUGGUUCCGGACGAGGAUAAACCGGGCCUUGGGAAAUUCCAUUGCGUUGAAUGUGCGAAAUACUUUGAGAGUGAAUGGAAUAUCGUGCAGCAUCGUCGUGGCAAGAACCAUAAACGGAGGUAGUAAAUAUUCCAGCACCUGUUUGUCCGCAUCUUUUCCUACGAUUGCUUGGGAUGAUUGGAUGCCCUAACUUUGUCGUGGAUGCAGGGUACGGUUGUUGAAGGAGGAACCUUAUUCUCAGAAGGAGGCCGACGCCGCGGCGGGCAUUGGAACCGCUGCCUUUUACCAAGCUUCGGAGGAAAAGAAGGAGCAGGAGAACACAGGCCAGCGCCUCGGUUCGAUGGAGCUCGAGUGAUCAUACCGCCACCUUUCUAUAAUAUGCGGUGGGGGGAGGUGACAAUGUCCUCAGUAUUGUACUGUAGUUCAUCGUUAAUCAAUAACCCGGCUUAACUCUUCACUAUCACACCAUGGAUUGUGCCGUCUGAACUAGCAAAAUUAGUCUAUUUUACCG